AUAUGAGAUGCUUAAAAGGUGAACUAUUUGCUGCUUUUGGGAUUUUUAUUGAGACAUUCUUACAGGAACCUUAAAGCAGCAUUGAAAGAUUCCUCAAGGAGCAGGACCUACCUACUUGAAAAGACCAAGUGAAAUUCCACUCAACCUUUAAAUAUUUUGAAGCGAUGAUUGAGCACAGGGGAAGCAAUUACCUUGCGGACAGACCAGUAUAUUCAGAAAAAACAUUUGCCGCAAGUCACCCAAAACUCUCCAGACAUCACAAAACAUUUAUCGAUCACUUUAAGGAAUAUUUCAGAUGCACCCCUGAAAAAGCCAAAGGAAUCCUUUUUACUUUCAUUCCUAUUUUAUCAUGGCUACCAGCGUAUAACUUCAGACAAUGGCUUAUAAGUGACUUGAUUUCUGGUAUAAGCACUGGGACAGUGGCAGUUUUACAAGGCUUGGCAUUUGCUCUACUGGUGAACAUUUCUCCUGCAUAUGGACUUUAUUCAGCUUUUUUCCCGGUCCUAACUUACUUUAUAUUGGGAACUUCCAAGCAUAUAUCAGUUGGCCCCUUUCCUGUGCUGAGCUUGAUGGUAGGUACGGCUGUAAUGAGACUAGUGCCUAAUGAUGCCGGUGUAAAUGGCACUGCACCCUUUAUUCAUAACAUGACAAUUGAAGAGCAAAGAGUCAUUGUUGCCGGUUCAAUCACAGUGCUUGCAGGUAUUUUUCAGUUGGCUCUAGGAUUACUGAAAGUUGGCUUCAUUGUGAUAUAUUUAUCAGAUCCACUUAUAAGUGGCUUUACCACUGCUGCUGCUGUCCAAGUGGGCGUGUCUCAGUUCAAAUUCAUAUUUGGACUUAAAAUUGAAAACUUCAGUGGUCCCCUGGCAAUGUUUUAUACUCUGGAAGACAUCUUUAAAAAAAUUACUAAAACAAACAUAUGUGAUUUGGUGACAUCAAUUAUUAUAAUGGGCGUGGUUUUUUUGGUCAAAGAAGUAAAUGAUCGUUUCAAGGCCAAGAUACCAAUUCCAAUCCCAAUUGAACUUAUAAUGACAGUAAUAGCAACAGGGAUUUCAUAUGGCUGUGACUUCAGUGGAAGAUAUGGUAUACAGAUUAUUGGAAAAUUAGAAGAAGGAUAUCUACCUCCAAUAACACCAAAUACCAGAGUAUUUCAAGAAUGUAUAGCAGAUGGGUUUGCAAUAGGAAUUGUGGCAUUUGCAGUGGGGUUCUCUGUAGCCAAAGUUUAUUCAAUCAAACAUGACUACCUCAUUAAUGGCAACCAGGAACUAGUGGCAUUUGGAAUUAGUAACAUAUUUUGUGGAUGUUUCCGAGGCUUUGCUGUUAGUACAUCCUUAUCACGAUCAGCUGUUCAGGAGAGCACAGGAGGCAAAUCCCAGAUUGCUGGAGUUCUGUCAGCUCUGAUUGCAAUGAUUGUAACUUUAGCUAUUGGAUUCCUCUUGAGAACUUUACCAAAGUCUGUGCUUGGAGCUCUGGUGCUUAUUAAUUUAAAGGGAAUGCUGAUGCAGUUUUCAGAAAUUCCCAAUUUGUGGCGGAAGGAUAAAUACGAUUGUUCAGUAUGGAUUGUGACCUUCAUCGCUGCAGUUCUUCUUGGGCUUGAUUAUGGACUAGCAGCUGGAGUAGGAUAUGAGUUGUUAACUGUAGUGUUCCGCACACAAUUCCCAAAUUGCACAGUCAUUGCCAAUAUUGGAAAAAGCGACAUUUACAAAAACCGAAAGGACUAUACAAAUAUCUAUGAACCAGAAGGCACAGUAAUCUUCAGAUGUCCUUCUCCUAUCUUUUUUGCUAAUUCUGCUUUCUUUAAAGAGAAGGUCUCUGCUGCUGUUGGAUUUAAUCCACUGAGAAUUUUACGCAAGAGAAAUAAGGCCCUGCGAAAAAUCAAUGCAUUACUAAAAAAAGGAGUUCUGCAAGUCUCACCGAAAGGUUUAAUCUGUACCUCAUAUGAAUACUAUGCCUCCGAUGAUGAAUUUGAUAACAACAAAGUUGAAGAGCUAUACAAUCCCAUUCAUCCUAAUGACCUUCCAUUUCAUAUAGACUGGAAUGCAGAUCUCCCAAAUGAUAUUGUGGUCCCAAAGGUUGACAUUCACAGUUUAAUUCUUGACUUUGGAGCAGUGUCAUUUAUUGAUGUGUCCGGGAUGAAAAGCUUGAAAUCAGCACUGAAAGAAUAUAUCAGAAUUGAUGUUGAUGUAUACAUAGCCAAUGCAGACAGUGACCUCCUGGAUAAACUAGAAAAUUGUGGAUUUCUUGAUGAUGAAAUUCAGAAAUCAAUGUUCUUUCUCACUGUCCAUGAUGCUGUGUUAUACAGUGUAGCAAAAAAAGGCACAAAAUAUCCUUAUGAUGUACAUUCUGCAAAGGGGUCCAAUUAUUACACAUACAUAAAUGGGUAUACAGAUGACAGUCUGCGCAACAGACCAAUCACUAUGCCAAGUGAAACCAAGUUUUAACUUUCAAAUGGAAUUAUAAAGCCUGUUCUCAUUGGCACACUGUAUUAAAACCAAAUAAAUGGAGCAAAGGAUUACUAAACUAGAAAAUACUAGAAGUUAGGGUUCAAGAAAGCCUGAAAAAGAGAACUUCCUAUAAAAAUGAUGACUGGAUACUCCAAUAGGAAACUCUGAUAUAAUACUUACAGCAAAACUUAAUCCAGUAAUUUAUACUAUGCAAUAUACUAAUAUAGUAACUUAAUUUUAUGACACUGUAUAUUAUUGCUACACUGAAAUAUAAAUGUUAAAAAGAUAUUUGGAUACAAGAAAAUCCUAUAUAAAUGUAAGCAAAUUUUAGUGUAUCUUUG